AUGGUGCUCAUCAACCAGCCUCUCCUCAUUGCCGGCUCCGUCGCUCUGGCUACUCUUACCAGCGUCGUCGAAGCAGCACCAGCUGGCUCCGCUCCUCAGGCUCGCGCUCCUCAAGCCUCUCCGUUCGCCUCUCGCAACGCUCGCAUGGAGCGCGUCGUCCUCCGCUCCACCUCGCCUCCUUUGCCAGAGAAGGUCAAGUCUCCAGACUCUCAGGCUGAGAAGAGACAGGCCACCAAACCCAGGCUGUUCAUCAGAGCGAAUGGCAGGGUUGAGAAGCGAGCUUCCGCCGGAAGCAAGAGAAGUCCAGGUCAUGAGCACACUCACGUAAGUAUUUUCGUGCGCGCUUUGUGCCCACGAAGCUCAUUCGUUGCUGCCUACCACAUCCACAGAUUCACGAGCACAUCGUACGUCCUUCGUCAUCAGUCUUUCUCGAUCCAUGUGCGCUGGCUUACGUGCCUCUUUCGUCCCAUCGAACUUGCUGGUCGUACCUCAGCACGAGCACGGACACGGUGUAAGUAGUUGCCUUGUCUAGAGAGGUCUUUGCAGCCCUUGCUAACCACCAACACCUGCUGUUCCUCCACAGCACCACCACGGCCAUCGCCACGACCGAGAUGCUGAUGAGAAGGCUCACCACUCCAAGGUGCGCUCAAGUUCGUGAGCUACAUCCUAGACUACAGGGAACUGACGCUGGCUACUCCAUCGCCAUCCAGCACUGGGCGAUCCACCAUGGAUUGGCGCGACGUGAAGCGGAAGAUGACCUCUUUGCUCGCAAUGGUCCUCUUCUUCAAGUAGGCGGCUACCGACAUGGUCAAAUGCACGAGCACGACGGCGAUCUCAUUCGUGUCCUCAUAGGUCGGGAUGGUGAAGUGGCACUUCCAUCGAGCUCUGCCGAUGGCCUGCAAGCUCGUCACUCGGAGCACUACUAUGAUCACCACGGGUACGACCACGACCAUCGUCACUACCACGGUCACAGUCACGAUCAUGAGCACAUCCAUGAGCACGUUCACGAGCACAAACGCCGUGAUCACGAUCACCACCACGACCACGAGCACUUUCACGGUCACGAGCACUCUCACGGUCACAGCCACGUUCAUGAGCACAUCCACGAGCACAAGAGAAGCGCUGACAACGACAGGGCGAAGAAGCCCACGAAAGCUGGGUUCUCACCUGACCGCGACCUUCUCUCCGUCAAGGGCACUCUCAAGCCCCUCCGCAAGGUGAAUCUCCAGGCUCGUUCGCCCUCGAGUCGCACCAGCCGACCGUUCCGUUACCACCCUCGUGCUCUUGAAGAGGAUGUCGCUGAGCGUGGCCUCGUCGGCGACCUCGUCAAGCCUCUGCUUGCUCCGCUCAACGCGAUCCCUGGCUUUGUCACCAUCUCUGAUGUGAGUCCAUUCUACCUUUCUGAUCAUCUGGAAAUCUGAGCCUGACCGCGUUGCUUUCCUAUCGGCCCAGCUUCUGUUUGGCAAUGAUGGCGUCUUGAAGAAGCUUGGGGGCCUCGUCCUCCACGCCGAGCCCGCUGCUGCCAAUAGCGCUCAACGCAUGGUCCAGGACGGCAAAGCAAAUUCUCUGUACAACUAUAGCCUGAUGGCAUCCAAGAAUGAAAGGACGCAAGUUUGGUUGAUGGCUGCCGACGUCAACUCAACUGCAUCUACUCCUGCUGCCAAUGCUACCGUCUCUGCUCGAGAUGCGCCCGGCUCUCAACCCGCCACGAAGCCAAGCGGAUUCGAGAACGACACCACGGUCGUUCGCGUUGCGCUGCCUAUUGUCGAUGACCAAGGCGAGCCCGUUCUCUACUGUGCUACCUUCGCCAAGAAGCCUCCAUCUUCUCUCGAGCUCACUCCAUGUGGAGAAGAUCCUUCGGAGAAGAACCCAGCCGCCAGCCAGAGCGACUCUAGCCAACGUGAGUCAUCAACCACAAUUUUGUCGUUACCGCGCGGAUCAUGAUUGCUGAUCGAUACAUUUCCCCCUUGCAGGCUUUUCCUACACAGCUUCAACCGGCGCGCUUACGCCCAUCUACGCCGCAACGCCAAACAACGUCACCGAGUCGAUGUCGACGUCCGCUGCGCCGCUCAGCACCUCUUCGAGCAGCACAGAAUCGGCAUCCAUUGUGAGCAGCAGCGCAUCGGUCGCCUCGUCCAGCGCAGCACCUGCGCCCACCGCAUCUGCCGCAAAAAGGUCGCCCUCAUCCUUCUUCCGCGUCCUCGCUGCUGAACGUGACAACGACGAAGCACCGAUCGCCACUAGCGCCACCAAUGCAUCAGCUCCCGCAACUCCAGCUGCCAGCUCUACGGACUCGAGCUCUGUUCCCCCCGCGAUGCCCACGUCCACGACUGCACCCACCAACGGAACCAAGCCCAGCAAUGGACCCGCAAAGGUCAGCCUGACCUUCGUGCCCGCUGGUGCCGAGGCGAAGGAGCUUGCUGCAAAGCCCACCAACAAGAGCCCAGUUGCUCAGGAUGGAUCUGCCGAUGUCACGGACGCGGACGACGCCGAUGAUCUGCCUGAGGGUGUGACCGAUGCCCAGCAAGACGACCUCCCUGCUGCAUCGACUCCUACCGACACCGAUGCGGACAGCGUGGCUGACGCUGCUACUGGCAACGACCGCGCUGCCAACAUGGGCGAAUCUCCCGACAGCGACAUUGACAGCGACGUCGACGGGAAUCCUGACGCCGUAGACAGUGCGACUGCACAGUCUGACCCUGCCUCUGUUGUCGACGGAGAAGAUGCUACCAGCACCGACGCUGCUAGUGCCGUAGGUAACGACGUCGCCGCUUCGACGAGCGAUGCUACGCAACGCCUUGUUCUUGCCACACCUUCCGACGACGAUGACACGCCUUCAUCCAGCUCAUCAGCAAAGGGCACCAAGGAUACUUGCCCUUGCUUCGCUGAACGUCGCAGGGAAUCCCUGCUCCGUUGA